UUGACAGGUACCUUAAUUAUAUAUGUUAUUGUCCAGAAAAAUUGUUAACCGUUUGUUAUUAAUUGCCCGGAAGGACUUCUUGCGGUAGUGGUUACUUUGUAUGAUAUUCAUUUUAAAACUUUUUAUUCUUAAGCGAUAAUUGAUAUCUUCAUCAUCCAAUCGAUUAUUUCCUGUGUGUGUGCCUCAAGAUGAAUAAGCGUGUUGAUAACACAUUUAUAAUAUAAUCCUUCGUUUUGUAUAAACGAACUAUAUAUACAAUGUUGCUUUGAUAGGAUUAAAAGCAAAGACCGGGAAAGAGGGAAGUGACAUUAUUUGUUUCGCUUUUCGUGUGUUAGUUUUUAUUGUUAACAAAUAUGACUGAAGGCAUUUUGGAAUUUGGAAGAGCAUUAUAUAUAAACACUUCUGACGUAUUAACCGGUGUUGUGAGAAAUAAUGCAUUAUCCAGCGGACGAUCUCUUCUGCAAGUUAUAUGGGAUCUUAGACUCGGCAGGGAGGACCUUGUUAGUUCCCCUCUUUUCCCGGUCAUUUUGUCAGUAGCAUUUUAUUUUUCACUCUGUACACCAUUUAUGAUUGCGGAUAUAUACGGAAAAAAAUGGAAAUGGAUUCAAAAAUACAAAAUUCAAACUGACAAAGAAGUUACACUCGACCAGGUAUUUGAUACAUUAAGCCUAACUUUUUGGAAUCAUGUGCUUUUUAUCCUCCCUGCCGCAGUCGGACAAAUGAUAUGGACACCGCCUACACCACUUCCAGAAUUGGCACCAAGCUGGUUUGAAUUUAUAUGGCAACAGAUUGCUAGUUUAGUAGUAUUCGACUUUCAAUACUUUGUUUGGCACUGGACCCACCACAAGGUGAGAUUUCUCUAUAGACAUAUCCAUUCUGUACAUCACAGGUACCAUAGUCCAUUUGUCUGGGUCACACAGUAUCUUCACCCAUGGGAACUCGUCACCGUUGGGUUCUUGACAACUACAAAUACGUGGUUUUUCAAAUGCCAUCCAAUGACAACAUGGUCGUACAUGCUUUUGAGCAUCGUGGUGAGUGUAGAAGCUCAUAUUGGUUUUGAUCUUCCUUUCUGUUUCAAUAACAUCCUUCCUUUUGGGAUGAUUGGUGGAGCUCCUAAACACGACAUGCAUCAUCUGAAGCCGCUAACCAACUUCUCUCCGUUCUUUAAUCACUGGGACAAGACGUUUGAUACAUUUUGUCCACCGAUGAAAGCAGGAGGCGUCCGACCAAAAAAUCUAGUUGAAUACGAGCGUCGAACAAAAGAAAUCAAGAAAGUAUGCUGAUGAUAUUGAGAAGAUUCGUUUGUUUAUGUUGUCUUUUUUUAAAAGGGUACUUUUUUCUUUUUAUUUCUUUUUACCUAUUUAAUAUUCUAUUAUGUGUUAGGUUAGUGUGUGAUUUUUUGUUGUUGUCAAAUAUUUUGUUAUUAAGAGAUAAUUUUAAUAGGUCAGUAUUUUAUGAACUAUGUAGACUUUAAUUGUAUACAUGAUUGUUUACUAUAAGAUUUAAAUAUACUCUUUGUAUAUACAAGGAAUUUAAAUAUACUCUUUGCAUUGGGUGGUCAAUAUUGUUAAUCGCCUUUUGUUUUAUAAAAUUUAAACAAAUCAAUAAUCUUCAGAUGGGAUAAUAUUUGGGCCGAAAGAUGUGACAUAAAAAAAAAUCCGGGUGAUAAUGCAAUUUAACAAUUACUACAAAACAACAUUAUCAUUUGUCAAAAUAAGCAGUAACUGUACAUGUUAUAUUGUAUUUUCUUUUAAAUAUCGAGAAUAUUAACAAUACUCUGCUCACAUUCCAUAGCUAUACAAGGGUGUUUUUUUAAUUAAAAUAAUAUUCCAAUAAUAAUUUAAUAACUCUCUUCUAUUCUGAAAUGCCCGCUUGAUAAUUUCCACAAGGAAAAAUAUUUGAGCAUUUCAUGAAUCAGUAAAUUCUUUCAUACGAAUAGACGUUGGUAUGUAUUAGAAUAUUAGACCCAUAGGGAUUUACCACUUGUUAUGUAUUUCCCAAAUGUCAAUAUAAAGAGGUUACAUGUUUAUAUUGAAUGAAUACAUAAUAUAUGUACUUUACAAAUGAAGUGUGAACUACGGUUGCCUUCUGUGGAAUUCUUUUGUAGCUAUGACUUAAACUUUUCAUUAAUGAAUUUAAAGUUAGUCUGAUCCUUUUAAAUCGGUAUAUAUAUAUAUAAAAAUAUAAUAUUGAAAUAAUAAAUAUGUAUAUAUAUAUAUUUAUUACUUCAAUAUUAUAUUUGUCUGAACACAUGCAUUUUUUAUUGUAAUUUACGACGCAUACGCGUUGGUGUCAGUCAUAUUCAGUUUCAAUAGUAAAAAAAAAAAACGCUAACUUUUUUCAAGUAGAAUUACUAUCCAUGACUGUUUCCUCACACGGGUUUAUUUUUAUAAUUUUUAUUAAGUUUGUGAUACAAGUAUUUGCUAUGCUUGAAAGCGUAAACGUUUCUGCGUAAGGGCGUAACUUUUGAUUUAUUAGUUACUAGAUUUUUCAUAUUUGCCACAAGAGCUUUAAUAUAGCUUUUUAUAUAUUCUAUUUUAAGCAUAGAAUUGUAUACAGUCAACAUUUGACAAAUAAGGUUUCACUUAUUACUUUUAUUAAUUAUAUGAUUGAAUAUUCUCAGUUCAUUGUUUACGAACUUUUAUUUUUAAUUUAUAUAUAUUAUCAUGUAUUAUGAAACUGGUUUCAUAUUUGUGUUUAAGUAUGAAUUUUUUCAUGACGUUUAAAUAAUUUACAUAGAAGUGUUAUCAUUCACCACAGCAAACGAUGCAGGUUUUGGCAAGUAAAUAUUCAAAAGAUAUUAUUUAAUGAACAUUCUUACAUGCAGUAAUGUUUUUUUUAGAAAUCAUUUAUGAUGAAUGUGAAAUUAUAACAGUGAACAUUUUCUAAAUAGUUUAUUAAAACGCACCCAGAGAAAGUGCAACAACUACUGGUUUGUUCGGUAUUGAAACAGUUUUGACUUUAAAAAAAAACCGAAUGAUUAUUACUUCUGUGUAUAAAAUUAAAUACAUUGGCUUUAUCGCCUUAGGAGAACCAAUUUAUUCUUUAAAAAACUGAGCAAAUAAAUCUGCUUGACACUUAAAUCAUGGCUACUUCACAUAUGACGUUUCUUUUAUCGAAAACUGAUAAAAGUAGUCUUAGAUACUCAGGUAUUUUUGUAUAUUAUCAUUGUGUAUUAUGUAAUUAACACUUCAGAUGACGUUUCUAAGUGGAAACUGAUGGAAGUACUAUUUAACUUUAUGAAUUAUAUGAACUUAUUUUGUUGUAACAAUACUUCAAAUGACGUUUCCUGUCGGAAACUGAUAAAGUAUUCAUUUUGUAACAGGAAGAAAAAUUAAGACGUUUGUUGUACAAACUUUAAGGCCUAAAUACAUUUACAUGUUUAUGAGGCCCAAACCAAUUGAUUUAAUUUUCAUAGAAAAUAAACGAUAAAAAUCACAUUUUAACACCCCCCUUUUAUGCCAUCCACAUCCUUGGGCAUGUGGUAAGGUUGGUUGCUCAACUUUAUAUAGAUAUACACAGUAUACAGUAUUUGAUAUCACAGGGGCAUUAUUUGUCGAUCAAAUGCAAAUGAAAUUUAAAAAACCUACAGCUUUGCGUGGUAUAAAAUGAAAAAGAACAUUUACCAAGGGGCAAUCAUAAAUAAUGUCAUAAGAAGACCAGAUAACAUAAUGACAAAAGAUAAAAGGCGCCGACGGGAUGUAUGACAAACUGCAUGGUCUUCCUUCAAAACAUGUCACGGAAAUGAAAUAUUGAGAACCACGUAAUCAAUGCAAGAAUCUUUUUUUGUAACUCUAUAGAGAAAGGGUAUUCUCAAUUAGACAUAGAUUAUGUAUAGUUGUAAUGAUAUUUCCUUCAUUUUCACUCUAUCAUUUAUUUUUAAAAAAUUAAAAAAAAAAAAAAGGAUUUGGACACAAUUUCUACUUUUCCAAAAUUUGAACCCUUCUCAACAGUCCGUGAAUUUAUAACGCAUUCAUUUUGCAUUGCGAAAAUAGAUCAACGUUUAUUCUUAUGAUAUGUUGGUUGUAGUUAUUUAUGUUUAUGUUGUACACAUAUUUGCUUGAUUUUUAUUGACUGACCUAUUUGCGUUUUAUAAUUGUAUAAAUAUAUAUAUUUAACAUAAGUUAUGCCAAUAACAAAAUUUGAUUGUUUAUUUUUCUCUCUAGAUCCCUGGAAUCUGAGUAGACUUCAUAUAAAGCAUUUUCCAAUGACGAUUCCAGGGAAAAAAUAAUAUACAUGUAUAUGUUGCUGGAAUCUGAGCAGAGCAUUUCUCAUAUGAGGCGUUCUGUCAUGACGAUUCCAGGGAAAAUGACAUACAUACAUAGUAUGUCCAAUAACUAUAAAACAUUUUGUCAUGACGUUUUACUGUUUUAAUGUGAACUGAACAAAGUGUAUAGCGCCUUUUUUUUUUGUAUUUCCAUUGUGUUUGAUAAAAUGAUUAUGAGCACUUUACACUUGUAUGAUACAUAUUUCUCACUUUAUAUUUGAUUGAUAUAGACUGAGGUAUUAAAUAAACAACAACGCAAAAUUUCUAUGAUUCAUAUGUUUUUUACAUCAAAUAAUAGCAUCACAUUAAGAAGUCCUGGAAAUGGACUGAACUUUGAUAGCAUGUAUACAAUUAAUUAGAUGUGUGGUUAAUUGUUUAUAUAUCAUGACAAAAUAAUCAUACUGUGAAACUAAGCUAGACGUAUUAUUGUAACAUGCUAAAUUUAACAACAAGUUUCAAGUUGAAACAUAUACAAUCUAUGUGAUUUAACUGUUGAGGAGAAAUUUUAACUGAUAAAAAUAAAUAUGUGAUAAAACAUC